AUGUCCACCUCGCCAGAAGACGACUUCGAGUUGGUGUAUAUUUCGGAGGGAGAGAACACGUCUUCCACCCAUACAGCCAAAGUAGACGGAUCAUCACCAGCGUCCACUAACGACGACGAAUCUCGUGCAACUCUCGAGUCCAAGCUUAUCCAACAGGCAGCAACGCUCCGAACCGUCGAACCCAACUUCCUCAAGCUCAACAACGCGUUCCAAAAGACAGCAGACCGCCACAAACCAUUCACCCACCUGCUUUUCCACGCAAAGCUUCCUCUCAAACCCGACACCACCCUCUUCGAUUUCUUCCUCUCCCACAUCCCAGCACGCCAUCGAGCUCCACACCAAUGCAAAGCGUGCCGUCGAUUCAUCAACAAGUACGGCAACUUGUGCUUUGUGAAUGAGGAGGACGGGAGCGUCGUGCCUUUCCUCUGGCCACACGCAGUCACGGCGCUCGUCCCCACUUUAUACCAGAACGCCGCGCGCGAGAUCCGGAAGCUCUUCGAAAACGCCAAAGUGGAGUCUUCGGACUACCGGAUUGCUACGAAAGGCCAUCAGCGGUUGGGGAGGAAGAAGGUAUCGACCAAGGACGCGUGGACACACCUCCACGUCGUCCUGACCGACUCUGUUGUCGAUAAAGCGGCGACAAAUGCGUUGACGCUCAACGCGAGUGUGUUGAUGCUGCAGCGUAUCCUCGCAGACAACUCCCUCGAGACCGUCAACCGCACCCUCCACUACCUGCAGUACAAGCUCCCAUACGCCACGCCACAUAAACCAGCCGUUGAAUGGCUGCAACAGCUCAUCGUCAAGCUUCGGGAUAUGCGACAGGCUGGAGCAAUGGCGAGGCACAAUAUUCUCCACUUGUACGCGAGGAAGGCGUGGACGGGGUGCUUGUCCUCGCUUCGUGGGGGUGUGGUGGGUGAAUUGCUGGGAUGGGUGAAGGAAGGAUACGUGAUUUCGACUAUCGAAGCUCGGUGGAACGCCUUAGCCAAUCCUCAUAGAUAUCUUCGACCAACUUCGGACCCCACUGUCAGCAACAUUGACCAAGCUCAGAAGGUGUUUGAAGAACUUGGGUAUACCAGGGAGGACUUGAUGCGCUAUUGGGUUUCGACCGACGAGAUACCUGAUUGCGCAUUCUUAUGGAAGGACGAGGGACUAUGGGUUGCGAAGAGUGAUCAAAACGCCGAGAUCGAAGGGGAGGGCGACGAGGGAGAGGUAUUCAAAGCGUUGAAGAAGACGAUCGCCGGGGGGAAGAUGGGUCAUAACUGGGAAUCCACGACAGCCGACGAUACCGGGAAACGCAAGGUUGUCAACGCGUGGUACGAUGAGGAUGGCGAGCUCGUAGUGGACCUUGGUUCCCUUAGCCAAGAAGUCAAGUUGAAGAAGGAAGACGCAAAGGACGGGACGAGAGCCAUCCAGAUCCCAUUCCGCCACUUUGCCCGUACCGUCUUGCCCAAGGCCGUCUCCCUCGAGAUCUACCUGGAGGACUCGGAACGAUUCGCUUUCUUCACACGAGGAGCUCCAGGAUCCAAAUCGCCAUUCGUUUUCGAUUCUGUGGAUCCAUCGAACACGAUGUCCUGGUAUUAUUGGAAGGCUGCCACAGACGUGACGAAAGCCUCCCUGACUCCAGGAUGGAAUCGAGUCAACGGAAUCACACUCUUUCCCCACAUGUGGGACUACCUGACGCCUGGAGAAGCGCUCGAUUGGGAGGCGCCCAAUACCGCCACGGAAGCUCCCCAUCCAACUGGUGACGUCGAGUUCUAUCUCAGGGCCUCCCGAUCUGUGAAGAAGUCGAAGGGAGGUCAGCCGCCUGCGGAGAAGAGAAAGUGGAUUCACUCACGGCAUGGAGCACGCUUUCUGUUCUGUAUCGAUGAUGCUAUGGAGAAGGAAAGGCGCGCGCUUUCGCUUUUCCCAACUGCGAUGAAGGCGGCGUUCCAUGGGGCGAGGAAGACGGUGGAGGCCUUUAGUAACUCUGAGAGCAUUGUAUGGCCGCAUGAGAAGUCGGAAAGGAGGAAGCAAGUGGGAGGACUCGCGAGGCGGAAGGAGGACUGGCAAGAUAUCCUAGUUCGGGUUACGACGGAGGAUGGUGAAACCGAGAAAUACCAGAUUACUGCGUUCGAUUUUUAUCCAACUUAG